AAGACUUUAUAUCUAUAAAGAACAUUCUUGCUUUUCUACUGGAAUGCUACUGAUACUUGUAAUAUACAAGCAGUAGCCGCUUGCUGCUAACCAUGAAUGAAAAUUUAGCUGACCAUGGUAGCUUCCCAUGUGAAUCCAGGUCGUCAUGUGCACUGUACUGUAACUAUUUUAUCUCAAUGGUUAAAAUAUCAAAACUAAAACUGCACAGCUAACACGUAGGGAACACAUACUAUGUGCAGUAUAUGAAACAGGCCGUUCCUACCAUAGUGUGUUUAAUUAUUCUCAAUUUGUCGUAUAUUUACAGUUUGAAUACAUGCAUUUCUGGCAAUGACUCCUGUCCAUGAUGUUUAUCUGCAGAAAGGCUCGAAUGCAGUCCCGUCACGUGAGACAUUAAAUUUUCUAAACAACAGUCCUUGGGAUUGUGCUUUAAAUCUUGAAUCUAAACAAAUUCAGAGAAAGUUUUUAAAUUUGGUAAAUAUGCCCAUAUUUAUUUCUUACCGUAGCUCGAUGGUUGUUUUUACGGGAGAAGAUUAAAAACAAAGCAAUCUUUUUUUUUAAGCCUACAGAAAUUCCAUUGAUAUAUAUUUUUUUAAAUGUUCCAAUGGUCACGUGUGCACCUUACCCAAUCAAAUGGCAGUUUGCUCUCAACUUAUUAGCUGACUGGUGCUUUGUGAGUGGGAAGUUGCCUCUCCAUUUUCACAGAUUGUUAUUUUGUGAGCGUGUUACUGUAUGUGUGUGUUAGUGUUUUUAUGUGUGUGUGUGUGUAUGAAUGAGAGCGCGUCCCGGCCAUGUCGACAUCCGGAGCUCUGACAGGAUAUUAUGUUGACUCUCUUGUUAUGCCGGACAACGAGGAGAAUCGCUUCUCCUCAGGUUCAGGACUCAUUCAGCACAGGCCCUCCGUUCUACCCACAGACCAUACAGAGCUCGGUCCCUGCACAUUCCCGGCAAAGGAACCCGUUUAUGGUGGCUCGGGUUGGGGCCACAUCCCAACGCAUUACUCCAGCGGUGUACCGUCAGUAUAUCAGCCGCAUACGCAACCUCCAGUAGCUGGGGAUUAUGUGCAGUCUUGGCUUUUGGACUUUGCAUGUGGGCUGCCACUCUCUGAGGUACCGACAAUCCAUCACUAUCAUGCCAAACCUGAUACAAAUAGAACAAAUGAUAACGGCACAGAGGCCAGUUCACAUGCCGUACUCCCUUCUGGAGUCUUCACUAACGGAGGAUGUUCGACCAACACUGAGACAGUAUCUGGCCGGACUGCUGACAAGGGAGGCGAUGUAGAGGAGAAACCGGGCGCUGAUCCAGACAACCCUGUGUCCAACUGGCUACACGCGAGCUCGACGCGUAAAAAACGAUGCCCUUAUACUAAGCACCAGAUCCUCGAGCUGGAGAAAGAGUUUUUAUUUAAUACUUACCUCACGCGCGACCGGCGGUUCGAGGUCGCCCGUCUACUGAACCUCACGGAGAGACAGGUAAAAAUUUGGUUCCAAAACCGCAGGAUGAAGAUGAAAAAAUUAAACAAAGAUGGAACGAAGGACGACUAAGAAUGAAGCACGUCGUGUAGGUGAGGAUGUGAGAUAAUCCAUCCUUAUACUGAAAUGAUAAUGUCGUGGGAUUUUACAUUGGGUCUGGUGUUAUUCAAGCAUUUUCUUAAAGCAUGCUGGGAUCCAAUACUUUGAUAUAUUGGAUUAUGCUAUUUGUUUGUCAUGAGUAGUUACAUUUUAAUAAAUACGGCACACAUCUCUUUUUUCAGACGUAGCCUGUUUAAAUACUUGCUGAAGUAGUAUUUAAAAUUCUGUAUUUCAUUUGGACCAAAUUUAUCAGUAAUGAAUGAACAUGUCUGAUAUAUAGGCUAUGCCGUUUCUCUUCAAUUGUAGUUAGUAUAUCAGUGUGUAUUUCGGGCCGCAACUUAAGUUUUCUUAUGUUCUGUUCUGUAGCGUUUCCUAAAUUUUCACUAGAAAAAAAUGGGCCCAGGUUUAAGUUAAUACACUUGAGUAGGCUACAUGAGAUCAUGUACCCUUAGAAAUUAUGUCCUUUUGUAUGUGUCCUUAGAAAUCGUUUUGUAUUGACAAUUGUGACAUUACAACUACCUAGUCACCACUACCUACCUAUUUGUUUUGAAUUGACCAAAAAUUUCACGCCAUAUCAGCCGAUGUGAUAUUGGGUGAAGUCUGCGAACUUCAGGGAAUAAGCUAAGUAAAAAAAAAUAAAAUAAAAAAAAUAAUAAUACUGAGCUGUAGAAAAGCACUGUAGGCAACUUUUC